UGUCUGAGACCCGAUCCUUCAAUAAACUCAUAUGAAGUUCCCAAUAAUGCAGUGUGUAUUUUUUGUGCCAUUUGCGUUAAUUCACAUUUGUGCCACAAAAAGGCAGAAAUGCACGACGGGAAUCGUAGUCCUGCGCGGUUACAAUGUAUAAACACUGUGUCCGAGUGCGAACCUCGGGUGCAGCGCUCAAGCGCGAGCUGGAGUCAGCUGUCAGUCACGCUGACGUCAUGUGCGUGUGAGUUGCACCUUGAGCGCGCGGAGCUCGUGAGUGAGGGGAGACCCUCGGUGCCGACGGGGGGUCUCGAGCGCGCGCGCCGAAGAGCCAAGUGUCAACGCAAUCGGUCCUAAAAAUGGGGUGGAUCCUAAAUCAUAACUGCGAGAUGAAGACAUGAGAGGGUUAUCCUACAGACUGCGCGCCAGAGAUCCAUCCAGCGAUCCGCGGAUCUUACCCGGAUUUUAAUUCGCACGUCUGCACCAUUGAGCACCGAGCGGCCAGGCAGCCUCGAGGUGCGAGGCUCCUAGGCGGCGGGAAGCCGAGCUAUUUUCUGCUCGUCAUCAUCAUCACGAACAAGAUGAAGCGGCGGAAAACGGUGCUGGCGGCGGCGUUUUGCUUCUCCUUUUGUCUCGGCACGCUCAUGAACGUGCUCUUCGUGCCGGGCUUCGAACCGCGCCAGAGCCACGACGCGGCGCGAAGGCGCUCUGACGUCGGAACGCGCGACUCUGCGCCCGGAACCGCAUCAAAUCCGGAGUCCACCGGCACCACAACCACCAGCACCAGCACCAGCACCACAAACACCGCAGCGCUCAGCGAUCUCCGCUACCAGAUUCGAGCGCGACUCGGGGAGGUUUUCCGAUACCAAAGUCGGGGCGAAGACGCCGCGGCACCACCGCUUGAACGCAGGCGGCUGAUGGAUCUGGAGCGUACGAGCAGCCUGGACCAGUACAGAGCAGCGCGGAUAAGUGACGAUCCUGCGGCCGGUAACGGAGCCCAUCGGCGGCUUGAUUCGCGCGUGUCAGAUGGGGCGCUCGGGUGCGGGGCUCUGGAGAAAGCAGGCAGUGUGCAGUUUGUAGGCUCGGGCUACACCAAAGCCGUUUACCGAGCCGAGCUGAACACCAGCUUCUCUGUGGCUCUUAAAUCCGUAGACCUCAACGGGCACGACAUGGAGAGCUGCGUGAAAAAGUACAACUCAGCUGAAGACUGUUACCGGCUCGCUUCAUUCAAGAUUAUCAAAGAGAUGACGCUCAUGGAGAAACUCGAGCAUCCCAACAUCCUCAAGUUGUACGGCUAUUGCUACCAGGAUAGCAACGACAUCAAGGACACUGUGACAGCUAUCACGGAGCUGGGCAGCCCUCUAGAGAUGAUCCAGUUGCUGCAGACACCCUGGGAAGAGCGUUUUCGAAUCUGCCUGAGUCUGGCACGUCUGCUCCACUACCUGGCGCACUCUCCGCUCGGAUCACUCACCCUGCUCGACUUCAGGCCCAGGCAGUUUGUACUGGUAGAUGGAGAGCUAAAGGUAACCGAUCUUGACGACGCCAGUGUGGACGACACGCCAUGUUCAGUCUCUUCGUCUACUGAUUGCCUCCUAGAGUUCCCUGCUCGCAACUUUACCCUCCCAUGCAGCAGCGGCUAUUGCCAGGGUAUUAACGAGAAGAGGAAUCUUUAUAAUGCUUACAGGUUCUUCUUUACCUACCUGCUUCCUCACAGUGCUCCCUCAGCUCUGAGGCCUCUCCUCGCCAACAUCGUCAACUCUACAGGGGAGCUUCUCUGGGACACAGAUGAGACUCUAGCUCACCUUGAGAAGGUGUUAGAGAUGUAUAGGAAUGGACAUUACCUUUUAAAUGACACACAGAUACACAAACUAAAAUAUAAACAGGUGGACGACGUGUCUAUACCGGGAGAGAACUAUCGCUGUUGGCCUUCCUAUCAGCAUGACAGAUGCAUGUUGUCUGUCUACAGCGUCGAUGAGGCCAUCGGUGUUUGUGAGAGCCACGCCCAGUGCCGAGCAUUCAUCAUGACCAAUCAAAGCACUUGGACAGGCCACCAGCUUGUGCUCUUCAAGACGGGUUUGUCCACCAUGGUUCCAGAUAAAGGAAAACGAACAUAUGUCAGGCUGGACAGCUGAUAGAGAGAGAGAGAGAGAGAGAGAGAGACAGGAUGAGGAAGAGCCACAAUGCAAUCAUUAUGAGGACGUUUGGGACGAGACACCCUCAUAGUUCUCCAGCCAACCAUUCAUUUCUUUAUUAUUUAUGCUAAAUUCAUGGGGACAGUGUACACACUGGGACCUAAUUAUGUGCAAUGGAGUGUAUGAUUUGUUGGAGCUUCCUUCUAUUUUUUAAUGUUCAAAAUGAUUUCUAAGUUGGACUUCUACCUGGUUAGGUCUUGGAUCUUCAAAGCCAUCCUCAAUCACACUCAGAUACACAGCCAUCAGGGAUCUAUUGUUCCUCUUUUUUUAUCAUUUCCCCAAACUUUAUUUUCUUCUCCUGCUUCUUGUGUCAGGUUUUUAUGACAUGGCAGGGUUUGCCUACAGGCCUCAGGUAUGUCUAAUUCAGCUCAUAUCUGCAAACGUGUUGAAUCUCCUUCUCUGGCCUUUUUCUUCUAUUAGGAUAUUAGCACUUUUGAAAAGUGAACACAGGGUCUUUACUUUCAUUGAACUUUAAAAAGCUUUAGAUGUACAUUUUCAUUCCAAAUAUUUCUAGUCUCUUCAUGUAUUGUAAAAGAAUGGUAAACCAUACAGCCAUACACGGAUUAGCCAUAACAGUAAAACCACAGACAGGUGAUUUGAUUAACAUUGAUUAUAAAAUAACAAUGACAACUGUUAAGGGGUGAGAUAUGUACUGACCUAAACAAAGGUGCCUACAAGAGUCACAGGAUCAUCAGAACUGAAAAAUGGAGGAAUAGAGGGAAAAGGCCUGAUCUGAUGAAUCAUGUUUUCUUUUAUAUCAUGGGCAUGCCGAGUUAUGUGUGCAUUACUUAUCUGGGGGAGAGAUGGCACCAGGAUGCAGAAUGGUAAGAAGGCAAGCUGGCGAAGACAGUGUGAUGCUCUGUAUGAUACAACGUUCUGCUAGGAAAUCUUUGGUCCUGGCUUACAUGCAGAUACUUAGACAUGUACCACCUACCCAAACUUUAGUACACUGCUAAUGGCAGUGGCCUUGGGCAAAAAGAAAAUUUACUCUAUCACACUGCAAAAAUCUAUCAGUAAUUGUUUGAGGAACAUGAACAGGAAAAUUCAAGGUGUUGCCUUAAGAUUCUCUAGAUCUCAAUCUGGUCCAACCUUUGUAGUAUAUACUAGACAAGCAAAUCUGAUCUAUGGAGGCCCCACCUCACAACAUACAGGGAUAGGUGGCAGAAACCACAGCACAACUUUAGAAUUCUUGUGGAGUCCAUUUAUUGGGUCAGAGCCAUUCAGGUGCUACAAAGGCAAACUUUAAAUUCAUCAGGUGGUUUUAAUGUUAUGGCCGAUCGGUGUAUUUUCAAACAAGUAUGUUUGUAGUACAAGAACAAAGAAAAUGAAAGUCCAGUUUACUGUAAAAUGAAGAAAUAGAGUUUAUAUCUAUUUUUCUUUUAAAUAUGACAUUUCUGUUGUGUACGUGCAGAUUGAAAAUGAAUCACAGCUGUUUUGAUGUCUUAUGUGGAGGAGAUCCAAAUCCACAACUGCAGUCUUGUGACUCCUUGUUCAUCGCAAGGCGAUUUUUUUUUCUCAACCUAUGAAUUUCCCAAGGAAAUGUGAAAACCAAACUUUUACUUGUCGUGUGAAGGAUUAAACGAGUCUUUGCUUUCAGGGAAAGCAAUUCGAUGAAGCUGAAGUAGACAUGUGCAUUGGAUUUGGUUUUUCCUAACUAUGUAGUGUAUAUGAUGAAAAUUGUGAUUAAAGCAAUAUUUUUGUAUGAAAAAAUAUAAAAAGUCGUGCGGCUCAA